AUGUCUGACAUCGAGAAUGAGAUGGAUGUGGACGCUCCCGCACCAUCCAAGGACAUCACAUUUUCCUCAGAGGUCACAAAGGGCAAGCGAACGACGGCCAACCUGCCGGUCGAGGCAGAGGACAGUCUCCCAUGGGUUGAAAAGUACCGACCUACGACGCUCGACGACGUCUCCGGCCACCAGGACAUCCUGGCAACGAUAAACAAAUUCGUCGACACGAACCGGCUGCCUCACCUACUCCUCUACGGACCCCCGGGAACGGGAAAGACGUCCACGAUCCUGGCGCUCGCCCGCCGCAUCUACGGCGCCGCCAACAUGAGGCAGAUGGUGCUGGAGCUCAACGCCUCGGACGACCGAGGCAUCGACGUGGUGCGGGAGCAGAUCAAGACGUUUGCGAGCACGAAGCAGAUCUUCUCGCUGGGGGGCCCGGCUAAGGGGGGCUCCUCCACGGCGGGAUACAAGCUCAUCAUUCUGGACGAGGCGGACGCCAUGACCAACACGGCGCAGAUGGCGCUCCGGCGGAUCAUGGAGAAGUACACGGUCAACACGCGGUUCUGCAUCAUCGCCAACUACGCGCACAAGCUGAGCCCGGCGCUGCUGAGUCGGUGCACGCGGUUCAGGUUCAGCCCCCUCAAGGAGGGUGAUAUCCGGGUGCUAGUGGACAAGGUCGUGGAGGAGGAGUCGGUCAAGAUCGGGUCGGAGGCGGUGGAUGCGCUGGUGAAGCUGAGCAAAGGAGACAUGCGCCGGGCGCUGAAUGUGUUACAGGCAUGCCAUGCUUCCAGUACGCCGUUGAGGGCCAAGGGUGCCCCCAAAAUACCGGACAGCGAGAUAAAGCGGGAGAACAUCACCACGGAGACUAUUUACAAUUGUAUUGCGGCGCCUCCGCCCGAUGCCAUCAAGGAGAUUAUGUCAACGCUGCUGAAGACGUCAGAUGUCACGAGCUGUCUCAACACGAUCAACUCUCUCAAGGUGUCACGAGGAUUGGCUUUGGCAGAUAUCAUCACAGCACUUUCCGAGGAAUUGGUGAAACUCGAGGUGAAGCCAGAGGUCAUGAUCACGUGGCUAGACGGAUUGGCAGAGAUCGAGCACCGGGUCUCUGGAGGUGGCAGUGAAGCUAUCCAGACCGGGGCAGUGGUUGGUGUUGUAAGGGGUGGUGUUGAGUUGAUGAAUUAA